AGAAAGGAGAGUUAAGCUAUUUGACUUACAUUUGAAAUUGGCAUUGGGAUGUCAAAAUUGUUUGAAAGUAUGUGCAGAGUUGAGUCUGAUGCAUUCACUGCCAAAAUUUAGGCACUGGGUUUUGGAUGUUUGCUUCUUUAAGGGGGAUGACAUGUCUUUUGAGCAAGAGGCUGCAGCUAUCUUGCUUUAGGACUUAGUGACAACUCCGUCUGUGUUUGCAAUAGUUCAAUCCCAAAUAUGGUCCUUGACGUAAGAUGUCCAGAGAGGUGCCUUCUGUAUUCAAUGCGGUUAUGGGGCAGCAGCCUAAAAACUCUCCAUGUGGCAUCUGGUACUAUCUAUAAUGAGAUUAUUGUUUGGAAGGUGGUUCCUCAGGGCCAUUGUCCAUCUUCUGGAAGUUCAGUGAAGGACUCCAAUGAUCAUAAUGGUUCAUUAUGCAAUAAAAUCCAGUUUAAUGAUCAACAAUGUGAAGCUAUUUGUCUGAGUAGACUUAUUGGGCAUGAAGGUUCAAUCUUCCGCAUAGCAUGGUCAUCAGAUGGAUCAAAACUGAUGUCAGUUUCUGACGAUCGUAGUGCUCGUUUGUGGAAUGUUAGUGCUUUAAGGAGAGAUUCUGAUGAUUUGAGGGAGGUUGUUCACCGUGGUUCAAUUGGUCUUGCUGAGAGAAAAGAUUCUUUUGAUAAAAAACAAGAUGCUGUUGUGCCUGAUUCAGUUGGCCUUGUACUAUUUGGCCACAAUUCUAGGAUUUGGGAUUGCAGUAUUUCUGAUUCUUUAAUUGUCACUGCGGGUGAGGAUUGUACUUGCCACGUUUGGGGAAUGGAUGGAAGCCAGCUCAAGAUGAUAAAAGAACACACAGGGAGAGGCAUAUGGAGAUGUUUAUAUGAUCCGAACUCUUCACUUCUCAUUACUGCUGGGUUUGACUCGUCAAUUAAAGUGCAUCAGCUGCAUCCUUCUUUGUCGUCUGGGGGCUCAAUAGAACAGAAUGGAGAAGUGGAACAAUUCAAGGACAUGACAGAGGUCUUUACCAUUUUUACCCCAAAUUUGUCAGAUCAGCUUGAACCCAUGGACAGUAAAAGUGAAUAUGUACGUUGCCUCCAUUUCACUCGGGAAGAUGCAAUUUAUGUUGCCACUAACCAUGGUUAUCUGCACUGUGUUAAAAUUUCUGAUCCUGGUGAUGUAAAGUGGACUGAGAUUGCUCGUGUCGGUGAAUUGCCAAUUGUUUGUAUGGACAUACUAUCUAUGAAACCAUCUAAUCUUCUUGGGGAUGUUGAGGAUUGGAUUGCUGUGGGAGAUGGUAAAGGAAAUGUUACGGUGGUUGGAGUUUCGGAAGGUGAUUGUGCUUCAAUUGUCUGCCCAGCCUUUACUUGGUCAGCUGGAAUAGAGAGACGACUCUUGGGAACCUAUUGGUGCGAGUCAUUGAAAAAUGGGCACAUCUUCACUGCUGAUCCUAGAGGGCUAUUGAAGUUAUGGAGUAUAACUUUUCCUUCAGAAUCUGGCUAUGACAAAUCUAUCGGGAAGCAUAUGGUGUCUCUAAUUGCAGAGUUCUCCUCAUGUUUUGGAACACGAAUUAUGUGUUUGGAUGCCUUGCUUGAUGAAGAGGUGCUGGUAUGUGGGGAUCAACGUGGUAAUCUAGUCAUCUUCCCUUUACCAAAGGGCUUGUUACUGGCCAAAACUGUUGUAUCAGAAGUGAAGAUCCCUCCAUUGAAUUAUUUUAAAGGAGCCCACGGGAUAUCAGGUGUUGCCAGUAUUACCCUGGCUACAUUAAAUAUUAAUCAAGUUGAAAUUCGCUCAACUGGAGGAGAUGGUUGCAUAUGCUACUUUAAAUAUGACAGGGAUGGGCACAAUUUGGAAUUUACGGGGAUGAAGCAAGUGAAAGAACUGAGUUUAAUUCAGUAUGUCUCUGCUGAUGCCAACACUUCUGACAACUUGUUGUGCAGUAACUAUGCAGUAGGUUUUGCAUCUGCACAUUUUAUAAUAUGCAAUUUAACUAAUGAGAUAAAGGUUGUGCAAAUUCCAUGUGGUGGAUGGCGACGUCCUCAUUCUUACUAUCUUGGAGAUGUACCAGAGCUUCAGAACUGCUUUGCUUUUGUUAAGGAUCAUGUGAUUCAUAUCCAUAGACUCUGGGUACCAAUUGGUGAGAGGAAGUUAUUCCCUCAGGUUCUGCACAUCCAAUAUCAUGGGAAAGAGAUACACUCUUUGUGUUUUGUUUCUGGAGGUUCAAAUUUGAGUGCAAAGGUUGCUAAAUAUAGCUGGAUUGCAACUGGGUGUGAAGAUGGAACUGUGAGAUUGGCAAGGUACUCUCCUGAGAUUGAUGAUUGGUCAGCAUCCAAAUUGCUGGGGGAACAUGUUGCGGGAUCAGCUGUGAGAUCAUUAUGCUUUUUAUCAAAGAUACACAUUACCACCGGAAAUCAGUCUGAGGUGUCUAAUGAGAGAGAUGGAUGCAGUUUUGCCUUGGAUAACAGAGAUGAUCAAUGCUUACUAAUUUCUGUUGGUGCAAAGCGGGUAUUAACUGCUUGGCUUCUCUGUGAUAACGGGUCCAACAAUAAGGAAGAAUUCCUUGAUGAUGGUGCCAAGGAAAAUAGUUCCAUCCCCUCAAGAGCAUUGCCAUCAAUGUCAUUCCAGUGGCUUUCUUCUGACAUACCUUCAAAGUUCUCUAGUACUCAUAGAAGGAUGAAAAACAGUGACGAAAAAAUUGGACGUGUAAAAAAUGCUCUAAAUAAGAGCUCAAGUUCAACAUCUAGAUCCAAUUGUGCUGAAAUCUUGGAUGUGGACUCUAAGUUUUGCUUUGGGGAUAAAAAUGAGAAUGACUGGAGAUACUUGGCCGUUACUGCUUUCCUUGUUAAAGGUUCUAAUUGCAGGUUGACCGUCUGUUUUGUUGUUGUUGCAUGUUCGGAUGCCACACUUAUGUUACGGGCUCUCCUUUUGCCCCACCGACUCUGGUUUGAUGUUGCAUUAUUAGUUCCCCUGUUGUCACCAGUUCUGGCACUGCAGCAUGUUGUUUUUCCUAUUUGUGCCCCUUCUAGAGAUAAAGGCCAGAUCGGUAAUGCAUAUAUUGUUAUUGGUGGAUCCACUGAUGGAAGUAUUACCUACUGGGAUCUGACGGGUAGUGUUGAGGGUUUUAUGCAACUGAUAUCAAAGCUUCAUCCUGAAAAGUCAAUUGAUUGUCAGAAACGGCCACAAACAGGAAGAGGAAGCCAAGGGGGACGAUGGUGGAGAUUAAUAAGUAAUCUGUCCUCUGAAACAGAUACGAGAAGUACAAGGGGUACAGUUGACACCAUGGAGGUUAUUAAUGACCAUAUUUCUGAUUCUGAAGCAGGUGGAGCUUCGUCAAAGAUAAGUAAUAUGAUAAACCGUGCAGCUGCCUGUUCCCAAUCUAUAAAUGCUGCGAGCUCCCUCGAGUCAGACAUUCUUGCAGAUAGCUCCUCAUCUGAAAUUUGUGAAGUAGAGGCCAUGUAUGUUCUGAAACAUGUCCACCAAUCAGGUGUCAAUUGUCUUCAUGUUUCAAGUAGGGAUGGCCAAAAUGAUCAAGAUGAAUCUUUUUACUACCUCAUAAGCGGGGGGGAUGACCAAUCAAUCCACUGUCUUGCUUUUGAUGUAUCACCAGAACUAAUGAACCAUGUUUCUGAGAAUGAGAACUCUGAUGUGGCAAGCCGUAUCCCUGAAUUAAGCAAUAUGAAAUUUUCUCUUUCUGGUGGGAGCAAUAUAUGUAGGAUCAGAAUUCUAUAUCGUGAGAGAAUUGCCUCGGCUCACAGCUCUGCUGUGAAAGGUGUUUGGACUGAUGGGAUUUGGGUAUUCUCUACUGGACUUGAUCAGCGGGUCAGAUGCUGGCAUCUUGAAGAACAUGGUGAACUUAAUGAGUGUGCUUCUUUAAUUAUCAGUGUACCAGAACCAGAAACACUGGAUGCUAGGGCAUGUGGGAGAAAUCAGUAUCAAAUUGUGGUAGCUGGAAGGGGUAUGCAAAUGGUUCUGUUCUCUGGGUGCCAUGAUAUGGAAGGCAAUCUUGAAGGGGAAAUGUAGGUUACUUGGUGGUAUGGUUUCCAGUAGCCAAUCUGAUGCAUGACAUACAGGAGGAGAUUAAAUCACCAUUUAGAUGGUUGUGCAAAUGAAACCUCUGGCUUGAAAUGGUGGAUUGGUCAUGUGAUGCUGACAUCACUGUCAUGGUAGUGAGGUCCAUUGGAUGGUUAAUGGCCCACCUCUCUAAUGUGGAUCUCUUUCAAUAAUCAGCCAAUUUGAAGAUCUAUUUAAUGGCUAUGUCAAAUUUCCAAUCCAAAACAAUCUCAAUCUUGAAAGUGUUCUAUAAAAGCAGAAAGUUGUCUUUAUCUGGAGGGAGGGAUGGAAUCAGCUUCUGCUCUCUGGAUGGGUGGUGCUUGCAUACUGCUGAGAGUGUGAUGAGAGAUUCCUCAGCAGUGUAAUAUGUAGUUGGUUGUUAUGCAUCCAUUUGGUUCAGUUAGUGGCUCAAAGAGGCAGACAAUGAAUGAUGGAUCAGCACCUUAUUUGGGCUCAUCUCACCAGCACCAGUAUCACCUGGAACUGAAUCUUGUAUAUGAUCCUUGAUUAUUAAUAGGAGAGUAGGAGAAAUUGAAGAGUGGAAAA